AUGGCAGCAGGGAAGAUGUGCGCCAGGAAGACCGAGGAGGAAACGGCAGAGAAGUGGACAGGGCUGUUCCUGAACGACCUGAAGACCAGGCAGGAGUCCCUGGUGUUUGUCAAGAGGAUGAUGGCCGUGGCCGUCUCCUCCAUCACUUACCUCAGAGGGAUCUUCCCUGAGGACGCCUACAGAUCCAGAUACCUGGAAGAUCUGUGUGUCAAGGUUCUACGUGAAGACUGCAGCAGGCCUGGUGCCAGUAAAGUUGUGAAAUGGAUGAUGGGCUGCUUUGAUGCCAUAGAGAAGCAAUAUCUCCAGAUUGUGUUCAUUGGGGUGUACACCAAUCCAGAUGAACCCGACUGCAUUAUUGAGUCUUACCAGUUCAAAUUCAAAUACACUGAGAAGGGACCAGAGAUGGACAUAAUCAGGAACAAUGACGUGAAUAUGCAGGUGACGAUGGAGCACACCAAGAGAGCAUCAGUUCUGCUCAUCAGGAAGCUCUUCCUGCUCAUGCAGAACCUGGACUCCCUUCCCAGUAGCGUGUACAUCACCAUGAAGCUCUACUACUAUGACGACAUCACUCCUGCUGAAUACCAGCCACCGGGCUUCAAGGAGGGUGAAUGUGACAGUCUGUGGUUUGAAGGCAUGCCUGUGCACUUCAAGGUGGGCGAGGUGCAGACGGCCUUCCACAGCUUGAGAGUCCGCGUGUCGGCCCAACAAAGCCGCAUGGAGAAACUUCAGGAAGGGAAUCAGCUGAGGGAGACCAAGAAGGUGCCUCAGAGAAAUCCCUCAAGGAGGGGAAUGGUCAAGGUUCCACCAACGAAAAUAUACAAUGAAGACGAUCUACCCUCUGAAGACGAGUCUGCACAGUUCAAGAAACCCACCCGACCUGUGGCAAAGAGACAAGCAGCUGCCAAAAAACCGGCGAGGAAGAGACGAAGAACUUAGUCAAGAAGACAAGAGCGAAAGUCCAACACAUGUAUGGAAAAUGUCUUUAUUAUAUUGUUAUUUACAGACGGUGUUCAAGUCACAAUUUAUAUGAUUUGAUAUGAGUUAAACAGGUCCUUUCUGUUGUUUGUCCUCAAAAGCAAAAUGUUCUUUUCACAGUUCUGAUCCAAACAACACUAGCGUAAGAGUUCUACAAGAAAAAUACAAUCUCUAUGAUUUGAAAUCAACACAAUGUUAGAAAGUGCUUCAUUCUUUUAGUACUGUGUGUGUGUAUAAAGAUAUAUUGAU